AUGCUCAACUCUGAAUCGAAAUCACCGUGUGCCUCUUCAACAUUCCGCAAUUUAACGUCUCCCCACCGCGGCUCAACGAAUCGACGUCCUCGUGUUGAACCAUGCAUUGAAACGACUGAUGGAGGAACUGGCCCUCCAAUAACUGCCCCCCCUACAACUCCUCCUACACUCAGAUCAUCUGUCAAGCCCAAACCUCACUUGAGAUCAGAAGAAAAUUCUCCUCUACGCAGCCCAACCCACCGUCGAGCGAAAACUGAAGUUCCUUCGCUCCCAUACCCUAGAACUAUUCGAAACGGUAACGAAACCCUCAGUCAACUACAUCAUUUAUCUGAAGAUUGUUUAGAAGAGGUUGAGCUGGACCCAAGUGAAAAAAUUUCUAGAGCUUUUAAAUCAGAUAUUCCAGGAAGGCUAUUUACCGGUCUUUUCCAGGGAGUAUCCUCCCCAAUUAGGUUCGGGCUCGUCCCGUACUUUUGCCCGAAGGAAGACGACAUCGAAAACUCGCAGCGCCCCAAAGAAACCAUGGCAGAAUUAUAUUCUUCACGGCCUCCAGGCAGGGUACAAAACAGAAUGAGCAUGCCAUCCCCUUUGAAACAAGUCAGCUCUACUGCUCGGUUCUCCCUCUUUGGCACCAAAGCCAAUGACUCAAAACAAGGUCAAUUGCCAGAACCCGCUGAGGAUGAAUUUCUGAACCUCGACAUCAGCUCAGUACUUUGCCCUGCAAACUCUACGGAUCUUCCCACUGCGGAAGUACUUAAAACCCUCCCACAGAAUGCAGAACAAGUUAUUAGGGAGCUCCAUGCAGCAUACAAACAGCGGACUUUUGCACUUCACGAAGCACUCGCAGAGAAGUCAUCUUUAGGAGAAGAGCUAGAAGAGACACAAUCACGCCUACAGAAUAUCAGAAAUCAACUAAAUAAAAUGGCGGAAAAGGUUCUUGAACAGGACAAAGCCAUAAAAGCGAUGGCAGAUGAGUUUAACCUCGAGAGACAAAAGCAAAAGCAAGAAGAAGAGACGCGAAAGCGAAGCGUUGUCCUGGUCCAGGAAUCAGAACCUGUCAACCACCACAUCCCCAGUACUGUCAAAGACGGGCAAGAUACCAUGUCUAUAAGAUGCCUUAGCAAACGCUCCAGUGGGGGGGCGUUUUACAGCGACUCCGGCUUCGAAUCCGGAUAUGAGAGUACUACUGAAAGCAUAUUUUCGAGUAGAAACGACGGCCUGGGGUCACCCAUGACCGUGGCAACGAAGACAUCUAGAUCCUCAUCUCCUGAUAUCUGUCCACAUACCCCUCUCCACUUCCCUUCAAGUGCUCAAUUGGCUUCGCCCCAACUGGUGUCGCCGUCAAAACUUCCAACUCCCGCGCCCGCUCCAAAGUCUUCCGCUUAUGACAAAGUCCUUAAGGGUAUUUCGUCUGCAGGCUUUGGUGGUUCAUUGAUGAGUUCCAUUCCGUUUUCCGUGUCCAGAUGCUCCAACUGCUAUGGAGCCAACGCAUCAGAUGCUUGGGCUAUUGCUAGCAUUCUGAAGGAGGAAAACGGCGGGCUGAAAAAUCGAAUUGGGGAGAUGGAAGCUGUUAUUGAUGAGUGUAUUACUUUGGUUGGAGGAUAA